CUUAUAUGAAAAGUGUGAAACCACGCCCCUCGACAGACAAGGUCAAGUACAGCACCAGCCAAAUUGCAAGAUAAAAAUCCGGUUUGCGAAAUUUCAUACCCUUAAGAAGAGACAAGCUUUUCGGGCUAACUACUAAAAUGGCUUUGUGGUACGAGAAAUACAUUAGGAAAAUACGUUGCAAACAAAAUGUAUACAAAAAAUUUUGGUCUGAGUUCCUAGGAAUGUUCGCUUUCGUUUUCAUAGCAGAUGGAACGGUUGCCACUGCGAUAUUCUACACGCCGGAAUCCAUCGAAGAAUUAAGCGAAAUCAUGUAUAUCAACGUUGGAAUUGCUUUUGGCUACACCAUUGGCUUGUACAUCUGUAGUGAAAAUGUUGGAUAUUUGAAUGCGGCGCUGACUCUAGUCUUCGGUAUCUUGGGCAAAAUGAAGCUAAAGGAUGUUAUAACAUAUGUGUUAGCGCAAAUUUUAGGAGCAUUUUUGGCCGAAGCUUUUAUCUAUGGUUUAUAUGAAGGUAAGAAUUCAUAA